AUGUUCGAACAACCAUCGUCGACGACUAACACCACUACGAGCUCUGGUUCUGGCUCCGAACCUAACCACUAUUUCGAGUUAGGCGGACCCAGAACACCAGCCAACCAAUCACAUCAAACGUCUGUAAUAGUUCAACCCGGACAACACCAUCUGCAUAAUCCACAAACUAACACAUCUCCAUUGACACCGUGUACUCCCUACUAUCCUACCAAUGGAUAUGGAUUCCCAUCAUUGUUUCUGGGAACUGACUUCUUGCAGCAGGUAUGA